CGCCGCCGCCGCAGGAACAUCCCUUCACGGGACCGCGCGGGCCGCGCGAAUAAGCUUCGUGGGGGAAAGGCAAUCCGAUGCUCCGCCUGGCGCGUCGGGUGGCCUUUCGGCCGCUCGCUUCCGCUCGCGUGGUGUAUCGUGCUCCUUCGCUCACUGUGGGCGCCGCCGCUGCCGCUGCGGCCGCCGCUGCCACCGCAAGCUUUAUGGCCCGGUGCGAGGUGUCUCCGGCCGCGGGUGCGCCGGUGCCGCGAUCGAGCGACGAGGAGGAGAGCUGGGACCGGACGAUCGCUGCGGCGCUGCCCGCCGUCGUCGCCAUCAAGGUGAACCGCGUCCGAGCGUUUGACACCGCGUCGGCCGGCACAGUGCAGGCGACGGGCUUCGUCGUCGACGCGGAGCAGGGGAUCAUCCUGACGAACCGGCACGUCGCCGGGCCGGGGCCCGUGGUGGCGGAGGCCAUCUUCCAAAACAACGAGGAGGUCUCCCUCUCUCUCGCCUACUACGACCCGGUGCACGACUUUGCCUUUUUCCGCUUCGACCCCUCCGCGCUGCGGCACAUGAAGCCAACCGAGCUACGGCUGGCGCCAGAGCAAGCCGAGGUCACCUCCGAGAUCCUGAUCAUCGGCAACAACGCCGGCGAGAAGUGCUCCAUCCACCGCACCACUCUGGCGCGCCUCGACAGGAACGCGCCGCACUACUCGCGCUCCAGCUACAACGACUUCAACACAUUCUACUUCCACUCCGCCUCGGGCACCUCCGGCGGUUCCUCCGGCUCCCCCGUGCUCAACAAGCGGGGCUCCGCCAUCGCGCUCAACGCGGGAGGAAAGUCAGGCACCUCCGCCGGCUUCUUCCUCCCGCUCGACCGUGUGGCGAGGGCGCUGGAGCUGCUGCGGUCCGGCGCAGCAGUGCCUCGCGGCACACUGGAGAUGGUGGUCACGCACCAGACGUACGACGAGGCGCUGCGGCUCGGCCUGCCGCACGAGGCCGAGUCGGCCCUGCGCGCGGCGGGAGCAGCGCGCGGCGUUCUCGCCGUCACCGAGGUUCUGCCGGAGGGUCCCGCGGCGGCGGCGGGCGUGCAGCCGGGCGACGUGUUGCUUCUCGCUGCGCUCGAUCGCGCCGUCGGCGGCGCCGUCGCCGUCUCUCUGGUGCGCGGCGGCGAGGCGAGGGAGGUGGAAGUGCCGGUGGCGGACCUGCACGCGCUGACGCCGUCGUGCUACGUCGAGGUUGGCGGCGCGGUCGUCAACGAGCUGUCCUACCAGCAAGCGCGCAACCACGGCCUCCCCGCGCGUGGCGUGUACGUGGCGCACCCGGGCUACAUCUUCCGGCAGGCACGCCUCUCGAAGGGCUCGAUCAUCCUCGCCGUCAACGGGCAGCCGACGCCCACCCUCGCCGCCUUUGUGGCGACGCUCGCCGGCGCGGCGCACGGCACGCCGCUCACGGUCCGCUACUCCGACUUGGGCGCGCGCGCGCACACGCAGCUGGUGUCGGUCCGGUACGACACAAAGUGGUUCGCGCCACAGUCCGGGCGGAGGCCUCCUGUCGGCGACUGGCAGACUGGGACGCUCGGGCAGGCGACGGGGUGGCUGAAUGCCGCCGAGCCGGACGCCACCGCGGGCGAGGAGGGCGGUGGCGGCACCGCCCCCGCCGGCCGCGAGGGCUCGAUUGCCCGCGCCUCCGCCGCCCUCCGCGAUGCACUCGUGACGGUGGACUUCUUCCGCCCCUUCUCGAUCGACGGGGAGACGGGGAUGCGCUACCGAGGCACCGGCGUCGUCCUCGACGCCGCCGCGGGGUUGGUGGCGGUGGACCGAAACACCGUCACGUCGACCCUCGGCGACGCGUCCCUCACUCUCGGCGGGCGCGUGACCGUGGCGGCGCGCGUCGAGUACGUGCACCCGCUGCACAACUUUGCGCUCUUGAGGUACGACCCAGCCUGCGUGCCCGCGGACGUCAGGGUGUCCGCCGCCAAGCUGGCGCCGCGGCCGCUGCCGCCGGGUGCAGAGGUGGUGAUCGUCGGGCUGAAGUCGGGCCUCAACGAGGACAUCGACGCGUCGCGCCGCGUCGACUUUGUCUGCCGCCGCACGCGCGUCGCCAACUCUGGGUGGAUCAAGCUGCCGCUCCCCAACCCGCCGCGCUUCCAGGUGUACAACGCCGAGACGCUCGGCCUCGAGGUCGCGCCGCCCGUGGACGGCGGCGUGCUCGCCUCGGACGACGGCACGGUGGCCGCGCUGUGGGUCUCUUGCGCCUACCAGCCGGCGCCAAACCAGCUCGCGUCGCCAAUCUCGCUCGCGGCGGCCCGCCAGCUAGGCCUUGACGACGCAACACUCGCUGCGCACGCGCCGGCGGCGAGCGUCCUCCUCGUGACGCACGUGCACGGGGCGGAGGCGGCGUCGCAGGCCAGUGCGUCGGUGCAGCUGGGCGUGGUGCGUGACGGCGCGCCGUUCGCAGUGACGGCGCCGAUGCUGCCGUCGGACGGGCUGGGGACAACGCGCGUGCUGGGGUGGGCCGGGCUUCUUCUGCAGGAGACAGAAGAGCUUCUUCUGCAGGAGACGCCGGACGCCGUGCGCGCGCAGCGGUCUGUGCCGGCGCAGGGCGGCGUCUACGCGUCGUACCGCUUCUACGGCUCGCCGUCGAGCCGGUACGACCUGUCCCCCACCUCGCACAUCAUCGAGGUGGAUUCGGUGCCGACUCCGACCCUGGCCGCGCUGCUCGAGUGCACACGCGGCAAGGCCGACGGCGAGGUGGUCCGCGUCAAGACGGUCGACCUCGAGGGCCGCCUCCGCAUGACGACCCUGAAGCUCGACCUCAAGUACUGGCCGACCUUCACACUCUCACGCAGCGCGGCGGGCGAGUGGAGCCGCACAAUGGAGGGGCCGGCGGAGGCCGAGCAGGACGGACUCGGCUGAUCUCUCGGGGACGAUCUCGGGUCGAUCUCCGGUGACCUCGUUUCGGAGCUGGAGGUGGGGGAAGAGGCGCGCGACGAGGGCAGUCGGCUGCCAGGCGCGGAGGUAUUGCGGGGAGACGGGAGGCGGACGGUAUUGCAUGGCAUUGGGCCCCGCAAGUUAGUAGACACUAUUGGUCGCGCUCGCCCCGAACGACGCCGCGAGGCUCUCAGUGGGCGGCUGUGGCAUGUCCUCCCCGUCUCCUCUGUCCUGUGAGGGCGGCACCGUGAAAAAUAAGUCCGCUCUCUCUCU